GUUUGCUUGCCUUCUUUGCAGUUGGGGGAGGGGGCGACGGGGUGGAGAGUCUGAAUCCCACCCCGCCAGACGGAGACAGGAGGAUUUGCGAAGAGUUCUUUCUCCCUAGGAACUGCAGCCAGCCAGCCAGACCCCGAAGGCUUCCCUUCAAACUUGCUGCGCGUCUCUCCACAGCCUCCCAUGCGCCUCGCUGGAACAGAAGCGGCAGCGCGCGCUCCCUGCCUGAGACCCCCGAGGCCCCUUUCAAGGUCCAGCCGGCGCGGCUCUCUUUCCCUCAGCGCAAACGGUGAAAUAAGUACGACAGACAAUAUUUAAAAUAUUAAUUUCUGGUCUUGAAGAUUUGAGGAUGGAAGUCUUUCAUUUAGGGACGAUCUUGGCACUUUUAAUACCGGGAUUGGUCCUCGGUGAUGAUCCCAACAGACACUAUGCAAAUCUGACUGACUCUGGAAACUAUUUCACGACUUACUCUGGAAGAGAGCAUAGAAUACUUUUUGCGACCAGUGAACCCAGUCAACUGAUGCAACCAAACAAAACUGUUCUUUGUCAACAGCGUACUAAAUUUAAUAAUGUUUUCAAAUAUAUCAACACAGUACUAUCUUGUGCUAUUUUCAUCAUUGGUCUGGUUGGGAAUGUAACUCUACUAAGGAUUAUCUACCAGAACAAAUGUAUGAGGAAUGGCCCUAAUGCGCUAAUAGCUAGCUUGGCAUUGGGAGACCUCAUCUAUAUAGUCAUCGAUAUCCCGAUUACGACAUAUAAGCUUCAUGCUGAACGCUGGCCUUUUCCAAACACGGAAUUUGGGUAUUUUCUUUGCAAAUGUGUUCCUUUUAUACAGAAGGCAUCUGUAGGAAUUACAGUCCUUAAUCUCUGUGCCUUAAGCGUGGACAGGUAUCGAGCAGUUGCUUCUUGGAGUCGUGUUCAGGGAAUUGGAGUCCCCUUGAUCACUGCUAUUGAAAUCAUUGUCAUUUGGAUCCUUUCCUUUUUCCUGGCGAUCCCAGAGGCACUUGGCUUUACUACUCUACCCCUUGAGUACAGAGGAAAAUCUUACGUUGUUUGCAUGCUCGUGCCUACUAACAAGUUUUUGGAGUUUUACAGAAAUGUUAAGGACUGGUGGCUUUUUGGUUUCUAUUUCUGUGUGCCACUUGGAUGUACUGCGAUCUUUUACUCCCUAAUGACCUGUGAAAUGCUGAACAGGAAGAACAGAAAUUUGAGAAUAGCUCUCAAUGAACACCUGAAGCAGCGACGAGAAGUUGCAAAGACAGUUUUCUGUUUAGUUGUGAUUUUUGCCCUUUGCUGGUUUCCUCUUCACUUGGGUCGGCUUCUGAAGAAACUGAUGGACAAAGAAAUGAACGUCAACAGAUGCGAAUUUCUCUGCUUUCUGUUGGCAUUUGAUUAUAUCAGUAUGAAUCUAGCAGCCAUAAAUUCCUGCAUAAAUCCUAUAGCACUCUAUUUUGUCAGCAAGAAGUUCAAAAACUGUUUCCAGUCAUGCCUCUGCUGCUUGUGCUACCAGAAUGGAUGCCAAACAACAUCUGUUUCUAUGAACGGAACGAGUAUGCAGUGGAAGAACAAUGAGUUGAACAAUCACAACACAGAACGUAGCAUCCACAAGGACAGCUUAAACUGAGGUUCAACAAAAACUGCACAAUCUUAAGAAGGAAAUGAUGGUGCAGUGAAACGUUUUAAGCAAGAUGUUUUCUGGUACUCAAAAAAAAUUAUACUGAAAGAGUUCAUUCCUUGGCGCUUACUUCCAGUGAUGACCAAAUAGACUGGUGAAGUUCUGUACAGGUUUCCAAAUGGAGGCAUGGAAGCUUUUUUAAAGAAAUAGACUUCUUGGUGAAAGGAAGAAGAAUCCAUACAGUAUUCUGCAGUGUAUUUGCAGGCUGCAGAUGGAGCUACAUAAUGAAUGCAGUGUUUCUGGUGUCCUUUUUAAAAUUGGGUGGUAAGUCAGAAUUACUAAUGGUAGAUUUAAAAAAAAACCUUCUAUCUGCCAUUGCUUUGUGUUACCAUCAAUAUCUCCGUUGUUCUUUUGGCAGGAAAUAUUUUAGUAAAUAUAUCCACAAUUAAAAGCACGUUCAGUGUGAAUAUAUAUGUUUGUGUCAGCAUUUCAGUUUUGAAUACUGUAAAUAAGACAUUAGCAUUUGCAGCACUUUGCUAGCCUGUGAUGUGAUUUAUAGGAACAGGCCUGAAACAGCAACAAUAUUAAAUUCCUAGACUGUAAACUGAGGUCCCAAACAUAUCAUCAUAUAAUUGCUGGACCACCUUUUUACGAAAAGGCACAUUUGUAUAUAUCACCAUGAAAGCAUCUGAAGACCUAUCCAUUGUCUACUGCUUACAUUUCCUCACUCCUAUUAGAUUAUGAAUGCAGAAUUCUAAUCUGGCAGAAUCUAUUAUGACUUCAGAAUGAAAUGUGAGUACAGCAGUAUGAAUGGAUCACGUAGCAGAUCAUUUUCAAAACUGUUUGCACAGGCAUUGAAAAGUAAUUUUGCAGUGGGAGAAUAGUGUACACAAGAUUAUUAUCUGAUUUUGCAAUUACCUGGCUAACAAGCAUUUAAAAAUAGAUUUAAAAUCUAGUAAUACCAAUAAGAUUUCCUUCGAAUCCAUUGUAAUUAAGAUUGGCGGUCAUAAAAUUAACAAGAACGAAACCUCUGAAACUACCAUUUGCUUGCAUUUUGAUGUCUUUAUGAAGAUAGUUAUUUAACACAGGGCAUGGAGAAAAAGUGGUUGGGCCUAGAUAGAUCCUAGAGGAGGCACUACCGCUAUCCAGCUGUAGAUGGAAGCAAACAUAAAUGGCUUGUGUCACCAGAUAAUGAUCAAAACAUGCAUCAAAUAUACAAACCUAGCCAGUAUGAUGAGCUCUACUAUAUGGCUGGGGGACAUACAUUCAGAUAUGAAGCAGUGCACUAGAAAUCUUAGAAAUCAGCACUGCUUAUAUGCGUGGAAAUAUUACCAUAGAUUAGGAGACUGUCUUUGAGCAGUUCUUCUGGCAGUAAUUUGUUUUCAAUUGGAUUUUUGUCUGUGGCAUUUUGCCAAAAAGAAAACAAAAAGAAUCAUCUCCUAACAGUGACUCUAGUUUAAAAACUUCACUCAAAAUCAUUGUCUGUGCCUAUGUGGACCACAGUCCUCUAAUGAGUACAUUAGACCUUGCCAAUAUCCAUACAGUUUUAUAUUUGACUGUCCAGUCUUUCAUUGUUGUCAUUGGCUUUAAUAUUGCAAUACAAAGGAUACAUCCAUAAACAAUGUUCAAGAUCUUCCUCUCUGUUUUUGCCACGUGCACACUGAUGGUGCAGUCCUAAGCAGUGUUACCCUUUUAAGUCCAUUGAAAUCAGUGCUUUGGAUUGCACUACCAAGUUCAUUAGAGAAAAUGUCAUUUGUGUCAUAGCUUUCCUCUGAGUGUCAUUAGUCAUGUCAGUUUAAUAACGAAUGUUGUUUAAUCACACAUUUAGAUCAGUGACUCAAAAGUAAAGAGUUUUCUCGCUGACCCAGGGUAAAUGACAAUGGCUUCAAUCCCUUUGCCUGUUAUAAGUGGGAAAGUCCUAUUAGCUUAUGUAGAAAUUCCAAAUAAAUAACUAGAAUUGCAGCCGCUGUGCCCAGUGGAAUAUUUCACAAAUUGUAUGAUGAAGUUCUGAAAUCAUUUCCCAACUAUUAUAUUCUUUCCUGUAUAUUACUGGAUUUGUUUGGUCAAUUCAGGCAUAUCUCAAUGUUCAUAAUUCAUCUGCAACAAUUAUAAAUAAGCCAGACUACCAUUGCUGGUCAUGUAGCAAUAUUAUGUUGUUAUACUUUGCCAUUUUAUUUGUUUAAUGCUUUUAAUUGCUGCAUCUGGCUCUGACUGCCUACCAGAGGAAAUGAUAAUUCACAAAUAUGAUAACACAAAUGUGAAAUUUGAAUCCAUGUAAAUGAAUGAAUGCUUCCACAUUGUUGUCAUAAGCUCUUUGGGGUGGCCAUUAUUUGCCUCUUAUUGCUAAACAGGUAGCAUUUUAUUAGUCAGCAAAAUGAAUUACAACAAUGUAGUAUAUGAUGUGCAUGCUGCAUAAAACCUCCAGGAGAUUUACAGCAUCUGCUCUGUCUGGUUUAGGAAAAUAGCUAUGUGGCUUGGAACGUCCAGCUGUAUUUCAAGUGGAUGACACAGUUCUGUGCAUAAUUUACAAGGUCAAAUGCAAAGUGCCUAUGAUUAUAUCUGCUGAACAAUUUCCAGAAUGUUUACAGACAAACAGCAGAGAACAUGUUAAUUUGUAUAUAAUAUGUAUAUAAAUCUCUCCUGUGUAAAUGACUGUGUGUAUUUUAGUGAAUGCUUCUCUUAACAGCCUUUGUCUGUUUAUAUACCAAUAUACAUGUUAAUGUUUUCAAGCAAAAUAUAAUGUAUUUGCAUUGUAUUGUAAUAAUAUGUAAGAGCAUAGUAUAGAUAAAACCUUGAGAUUUUUUUCCUCAGAGCCUCUACAUAACAAAAUAGAAAUAUAGGUAACUUUUUUUUUCUGGUUCUGACUCAGUGAAUUCUGUUUCAGUGUCAACACGGAUAGAAUAUGCCAUGAUGGCAUUUUGCAAAGCAACAAUUUCUCUGUAGAACCAUUUAUAUUCCUGAUUUUACUAUCUUGCACUAUAAAGAUCUUGGGUAGAACCACAACCAGAUUAUGAUAUGUGAUGCUGCAGCCUCUCCUGACUUCUUUCGCCUGCUCUAGCCUCUGUGCAUUUUACAACAUACUGGCAAGAAACCCUAAAAUAGAAGUGAUGUGUGAGAGAUUAAAAAGUGGUCUUCCCAGCUCUUCAGAGAAUGGUCUUAAAAGUCCAGCUCAGCAUCAAUCCACAUGCACUGACAUCUCACAUCUUGGCCUAUGACCUACAAGGAAAGUCUGUUAAUGACUGUUAGGCUGAUUCCGCACACGUUGGAUAAUACACUUUCAAUGUACUUUAUCAGUCGUUUGAGGUGGAUUUUUUGUUCCACGCAUGAAAAAAUCCGUUCCAAAUGAUCUAUAAAGAGGAUUGGAAGUGCAUUAUCCAACGUGUGCGGAAUCAGCCUUAAUGAGGAGUCCAGUCUAUAAAUAUCAAUAAGGCCUACUUCUGUUUUGUUGUAGUUAAGGGCAGGGCAAAAGAAUCGGAUAUUCACAAAUAUUUAUAUUUUUAUAGAAAACAUGCAUACUCAAGUACAGAGGCAAAAAUGGGGACUAAAAACAGGAUAUAACUAUAAAAAUAAGGAGGAGAUUAAACUUUGAAAGCUUUCUGCAAGGUCAACGAGGAUCUUGGGUAUGAGAGGUACUGGGUUAGCCGAGAGGCCUGAGUAGCCAGAUAUUCCUUCUGGCUCUCAAGAAAAAGAAGCAGUUACCAGGGUGCCUGUAGAUCGCAGGGCUUCACUGAGCGCUAGAAGCCACUCUAGAAAUCCACUAUCACUUACUUUAACCCUUUACUUGAUUUGACAUCAUAGCAAGUGCUCUCCUGUAUCAACUGAGCACUUGGCUUUCCAGUCAAGUAAGAGGUUAAAAGUGAAGGAAUCUGGAUUCCUAGAGAGGCUCAUGUUUAGGAUCAGCAAGUUCCCUUUUCUCAAUUCUUUAUAUAGUCACGCAAUUAAGGUAUUUCAUACUGAUGAUCAGAUUUUGUUGUUGUUAACACUUGCAGGGUUCUUUUCUUUGUAAAGUAUGUGUGUCUUAUGCAGUUCAUACCUAAUCCUGGAUGUAUUUCCAUGUCAUCUUGCAAUAUACAUUUUCAGGGCCCCCACCUCCAUGAUACAAAAUUAGCACAUUACAAAUGCAUUGCUAAUUUUAACUGUCUUCAUCUGUUUGUAUUCAUAAAACUUAUCUGGAGCAGCCAUUCAGUAUCCAAAAAAAUGUGGGGAUGGAGGGUGAUAUAUCAUUUCCACUUCCUCCUAACUUAUCCCAUCUUUGUUAUGAAAUUUUUAAAAUCAUUUUUUACAUUAUUUUGAUACAACUGAUUGCUUGCAAUUGCAAACUCCAAUGUUUCUCAGCAUGUUUCUCAAGGGCUUUUUGCAAGCCCUGCCUGCCUAGUUCUGUUCAAAUAUCCCUGUUUCGCUCUCAUUUCUCCCUUGUGAGAAAAGAACCUAUGAACCUUUGUUUUCUCACCAGCUUUUCUUUCCUUGUGCUGAAUUUUCCCCAUUAAAAUUAAUGCCUUUUCCAAGAUUUUUUGCAUCAACUGCAUAUAAAUGACAUCUAGUGUACACAUGGAGUACAGAGGGCAAAAAGAAGCACAAACCAUCAGCAAUAAAAUUGAUGCUGGCAAACUGAAACCAGUGACAGAGUCAAAAAGGAAAAAUAGUUUAUUUUUGACUAUGGAGGAACCAAUAAGGCCAACUUCUCACGAUCUUUUUGAAGCUAAGUUACGUAAAUAUGUCUAACGAAUUUCACAUAUUGCCAACGUUUGGGUCAUUAUAAUGCUGGACUUCUCUAAAUAUACCGUGAGGCUGCGUGCAGCCAGUCUGGCACUUUAUCUCCUCUGUGCCAACUUGACCCGGACCUUCUGCCACUGGCUGGGACUGGGAGAGAGUCUUGGGUGACUACAGGCCUGUGUUUGAGUCCUGCCUGGCAGAAGCCUGGUGACAAUCUCAGGGGCUGAUGGCAAGGUUUCCUUCACAUGCUCUAACAGAGUGUCCUCUGGCACUGAUGAGACAUUGGCAGGUGCCCCUGCAGUGCUGGUCCCUUCCUGGUCCCUCUCAUUCACCAGAGUUACUGACCCUAGCUCCUCAAACUCCUCCUAUGGCGAUUCUGUAAGAGUCUCUGAGAGGAUCAGAGGGGUCAUCAUGAUGACACAGUCAGUCAGUCAGUCAGUCAGUCAGUCAGUCAGUCAGUCAGUCAGUCAGUCAGUCAGUCAGUCAGUCAGUCAAUGAAACAAUCAUACAAUCAAUCAGGCCAUUCAAUAGUUGUUGUCUACAAAGCAGAUACUCAACAAUAGGUUACUUCAGAUUUUUAUCCUCAAGGCAGUGCUUCUGUGGGGAUAUCACAUUCCUUGAAACUGAAAGAACUAAUUUUGCAUCCGUGAAAACUGUGCCUUCCCAGGUCGCACAGCCUUUGCAAUGGCAACUGCCGUGAGAAAUAUAGGAGCUUUUUCAGUACCUGUAUUUUGUGAUGGACACUAUCCACCACCACCUCCACCCCUGCCAAUUUCUUUAUAGGGUGGGUUCUGGUAUGAGGGAAAAAAAACAGGUAAAGUUGUACUGCAAUCUGCCCGGACUGUAAGAAAAGGAUGGUAAAGAAACCUAAACAAUAUUUGAUUAAGUUCAUUUGAUAGAACAUGAUGUGCACGGAAAAAUAUUCGGCAUUAGUUCAGCCAGCAUGAGAUGGAGCAUGAGGGUUGCUAUGAUCAACAGUAGCAGGUGGUAGCAAUAAACCUCCUGGCUGCUGUGGAGGGAUGGCACAAAGGGAAAUUGUCAACCAAAACGAUUCGCCUGUGAGUAGCGACUUUUCAGUGGUAAUACCCCGAGCUAUAAAAUGUCUUUCCAUGGAGAAACUUACCUGGCACUUUCUUUGCUAAGCUUUAGGUGAAAAUAAUUUUAUUUGUGUGAACUUUUUACUGAGAUUCUUCCUUCUGUGGUUGCUUCUUUGAUCUUUCUUCAGUUGUUUUUAUUAUCCGCUUAACUGGUUUCUUAAAUUGUGAUGUUUAUGGUAGUUUUAUAUUUUAUAGGAAGUUUCUUCGAAGUAUGAAAAAAAAUCUUGUUUGAAAGCUGCACAGCUCAUUUUUAAAAAAAAUAAAGAAUAGAUAAUAUAAAAUAA